ACAUGGACGAAGAAAGUGACGACUUUCCGGAGGACUUUGACUACAAAGACAGUGGCAAAAAAUGCACGAUAUUCCUCAUUGAUGCUUCUCAAGGAAUGUUUUCUAUAACAGAUAGGAGUGAUAGUAACAAAAAUGAAUGUGCUUUUCAGAGGUCGUUAAAUAUUAUGCGUUUACAAAUGAUCAAUAAAGCAGUCACUGCAACUAUUGGAGAAUACACAUGUUGCAUUCUUCUGAACACUGUAAAAAAUAAGUCUCACUCAAUUGAUCAUGUAUAUGUACUGCAAGAUGUGGGAGAAGUCUCUGCUGAACGCAUUAAAGAAAUAGACAAGCUCUUGAAAACAGAUGAUAUAUUAUCUGCAUUUGAAAAUACAUGUGGGGGACAUGGCUGUUGUGACUAUAGUGAAGCGCUGUUUCUUUGCAUAAAACGAUUAACUUCCCGAACACCUCACUUCCAGAAGCGUUUGGUUUAUCUCUUUACAAACAGAUCAAAUCUUUUCGGCACUGAUACUCAGCAUCUAUCUUCUACUUGCAAAAAUAUAGAUGACCUUCGAAAUCAUGGUGUGGAAUUUUCUUUAUUUCCGAUUGUACCUGAGAAGAAUUCAUUCACAUUUGACAUUUUGGAACAGUUAGAUCCAAACGUGGAACGAAAUUUCGAACAUAUCAGUGAUUUGGAAGAAGAAAAGAAAAUCCACACCAGAUUUCAGUUUUCUCUUAACUUCUUUCACAAUUAUGAAAUUUUUACUGAGAGUUUUUGCAGCAUUCCAAGAAAGCAAUAUGCACAUCGAAACAUAACAGGAAUAGAUUUUGAACUUGGAAAUGGUUUAAAAUUCUCAGUUGGGAUCUAUUCUCUAUUCCGCUCAGAAAAGAUUCCUCAAGCUACUGUUCUAAAUGCUGAGGAAAAUGAAAUAGUGCAGCGAGUACAUUUAUAUGUCAACAAAGAGACUGAUGAGGAAGUAGCUCUUCUUGAUGAAGAAGUAAUUCGGCAAAGACAAAUUGGUGGUGAAAAUGUCACUUUCUCUGCUAGCGAAAUCGAAAAAUUACGAAGACUUACUUUACCAGGUUUAUUGCUUCUUGGAUUUAAACCACUUUCCUUUUUGAAAAUAACGCAUCAUGUUCGGAGCUCACAAUUCCUGUAUCCUCUUGAAAAGAAUAUUUUGGGCUCUACUCGAAUGUAUCGAACACUUUAUGAAGUUUGUAUGAAAGAGAAAACAAUGAUUAUAUGCCGUUAUACUCAAAAAGCAAAUGUUCCUCCAAAACUUGUUGCUUUAGUUCCGCAGAGUGACCAUAAUUCGAACGUUUGUUAUUCUGGAUUUCAUCUUGUAUAUUUGCCUUUCGCAGAAGAUAAGCGUGAUCUCAGUGAACAGAUGACCCACCCAGAUGGCAGCUGGCCAACAGCAUCGGAAGCUCAGAUUGAAUCGGCCAGGAAAUUUGUAAAAAAAUUGACGGCAGAUUUCUUUCCAGAAAAAUUUUACAACCCAGUGCUUCAAAAACAUUACAAAGUCAUUGAAGCCUUGGCUCUAGAUUAUCAUGAGGUACCUGAAGUUGAAGAUCAAAUUCAACCGUAUUUUGCACAUUAUGAUUUUCAAAAACGAGUGGAAAAAGAGUUAAAAGAAUUUUCUAUGAGUUCACUCCCCACUGAUUAUAAUCCAGAGCAAAAAAAAUUCAAGAAAAUGGGGAAGACUGAAGAGAUGUUUGUACAAUUACUCGAGAAAUUACCAGUGGUUCAGUUGAGAAAAAAGGCAGCUGAAGAGCUCGUAUCAGUAAAAGGAUGUACAAAAAAAAAUGAGAUUAUUGAAGCAGUCAAGAAACAUUUUGGAAUUGAUUAGUU